AUAUAAAGUUAUAAUAGAGUUUAGCUUAACUCAACUCUAAUAUCAAAUAAGGCAUUGGAACUUAGUAAUUUUCUCUAAUUGUAUGAUGCAACUGAUUACAACAAAGAUUUUCCCGGAGAAAAUUCAUUUCCUUCCGCUGUAAGGAACUCAUUUUCUUCUUCUUGAAGUUUCUGAUAAGAAUAUUGAAAAAGCAAAUAAUGACCUCACCCCAGCUUUCAAAAAACAAAAAGCAAAAGCUAGCCCUUGUUUUUCCUCGUCAGACCCCACCCGUGAAGAGAAGACGCAUAGGGCCAUAGUACUAGUAAGAAUAUGUUCGAAUUUGAAAACACGAGGAGAAGAUGGAGAAUUCUACGAUGCAAUCAAUAAAAUUAAUUGUACCAUACCAUAAAGUAAAUUAUUCAAAAUGAUGUAAAAGUUAAGUGCUUUACUAAACAAGUAAGUAAAAUUCAUUGAAAUUUGUGCAUUUUAUUUCAAAAUUUGAAUGUUUUACUUGGUAAUAUCUAUAUUUAUUUUGAAAUUUGUGCAACUUACUUUCUUUAUUAGUAAUUUGUUAAAAAUGGGAGUAAAGGUUAAGUGCUUUACUUAAAAAAAAGUAAGUAAAUGUAUUCAUUGGCUCAUGCACUCAAUGUAUUCAUUCAUUCAUUUAUUAAACCUUAAGAAAAGGUUAGGCUGGCCCCGUUCGUUCGUUCGUUCUUCAUGGCAAACGAAGAGACUUCUACAAUGUAUUUUGAUGGACGGAUUUCUUUCCCAUCAUGCAUUUGUGCUCUCUUUUGGGUUUUUGAAGUUCAUUUUUAAUUCUACAGUUUGAUCUAAUGUAAUUUUAUUACUUCAAUCAUUUUCAACAAACUUAAAAUGCUUUUUUUUCUUUGUUGCAUGCAUUAACCAAAAGAAUAAUGAUUGAAAGUUUUUUCAGUGUGAACCCGGAUAUCCAAAAGUCCAAUAUGCUCCAAUCAAUACAGUCGAGCUGGGUCACUCCACUAAGGGGUAAAAUUCUUUCAGCGUGAAUUUUUUUCAUUUACAAAACUCGAAUCCGAGACCUUGCUUAAUGGAAACAAACAUCAAGUUGCUUUAACCAAUCCACCCUGGUAAUAAUAAUUGAAAGUUAGAGAAAGCAAAUAAUUGAAAGUUAGAGAAAGCAAAUGAAGAGGUAAGUUGAGUAAUUCAGCCGAAAAAAAGAUGAUGAGAGGACAACAAAAUUAAUUCAUUUGAAUAUUACAAAGAUGAUCAAAUCAGGGAAGAACAAAAAGGAUGGGGAAAAUUGAUCUAAUUGAAUCUUAUGAUGGUUAAUAGGGAGAUAUAACUAGUUCUGUUGUGUGUUACUACUUCCAAGACAGAGAGAGUGAAGAAAGGCCAGGUGGGUUGGUCAACCGAUGCCAUGGCUUCUUUUAUUAUUAUUUUUUCCUCCGUGUACAAUAUGAUAUCCAAAAGCUGAAUGAACUCUCGAUCGACUAUCCCAUUUUGAGUCGGGUAAACUUUUUUGAAAGCAGCGUCUUAGUUAGGUAACCACUUCUUCCUAUAUAUAUUUGCACUUGAACUUCUCUCUGUCAGGGAGGAAAGCAACCCAAAGUAAAUAGUAAUCAUUCUCGGGAGAUCAUUGAAGCCAUUGGUCUGAAGCCAUUGGUCUGAGGUGACUUGAUCCGACAUGGACGAUGUCUGGGGCUCGAUCAAAUCCACUUUAUGCAAGGUGAAGGAGUACCGGGACCCGAUCAUGGCGGAAGUUGCUCUUGGUCUGCUACGCCCGUACCUGAGUUUCAUUCCAGGUGGGGUCGCAGGUUACACGGCAUCUGAAGCUGUGCUCAGAUCAUAUUUCAGGAACCACAAGGACUGCGAUGGCUCCUGUCACAAUCAGCAAUGCCUCGAUGAGCUCAAGAACAGAGUAGCAAAACUAGAGCACGAGAACAGAGCAGCAAAACUAGAGCACGAGAACAGAGUAGCAAAACUAGAGCACGAGAACAGAGCAGCAAAACUAGAGCACGAGAACAGAGUAGCAAAACUAGAGCAAGGAUUUUCAGAGCUGAAGAAGUCGUAUGUCGUCCUCCUCGUCUUCUUCUCCUUUUUCUUUCUCCUCCUUCUCUUUGGAGUCGUUUCAUGUCUAAUGAAUCGUCUCAAUAUAUUUAUAAUUUGCUGGACAAAUUUUCAGUGCGCAUGUAGGGACCCGGUGGAGAAGAUGGUACAUGCAGUUGCAUUUUGAAAGUUGGAUACUAUAUAUAUAUAUGUAACUUUUUGAAUUUAACAAGCUUAUUGAUAUGUUUGAUCUCAAUUUUAUGUCAUUGCCCUAUGUAUUCACCUUCCAUAGGACAGGUUCCAAAUCCUGGGUCAAUAUCUGUCUCCAAGUGUAAGGAACAAGUACGUGCAUUCUUUAAUGCAGUCGUUUUUUUUUUUUUAAUUUGGCUUGGCCUUGUAACAUGGUCCUUGUGACGGUAUAGUUUGUGUUUUAAUAUUUUUUUUUCAGUUACAAA